UCAGCGGCGUAGUGGAAAGUAGACAUAUGCCUAGUCGUUGAACGGCACCUGCAACUGCCAGUAUGACCAGUCACGGAGUCCCUCGAAAUGCUGCUCCUCUUCAUGACAGGACGGAGGAAGCCAGGAAGAGAGAACGCCAGAAAAUCCAAAAAUAUAGAGACUUGGACCAUCUUGUCAGGACAAAGAAGACCGAGCAUGACUAUACUGAAGAUGCGCUGAAGAAGACUUCUGAGCUACUGACCGAAAAUGCGGAAUACUAUUCAAUAUGGAAUUAUCGCCGUCUGAUUCUACAGUCUCAGCUUGACAACAUCAGUGCUACCGGCCCUGCCCAUCAUGCAGAGAGUAUCGGCCAACUGAUCCAGGAAGAAUUGACGUUCCUGGUGCCUCUUCUGAGGCAGUUCCCCAAGUGCUAUUGGAUCUGGAACCAUCGCCUGUGGGCCCUGAAGCAAACCGUGGGGCGGCUACCACUGCCUCAAGCACUGAGGUUUUGGCAGGAAGAGCUCGCGCUGGUGGGGAAGAUGCUGAGUCUGGACGGGAGGAAUUUCCAUGGCUGGGGUUAUCGCCGCGAGAUCGUGGACGUCCUGGAGUCCAUGGGCUCAGAGGCAGGAGAUCCAAGUGUAGAGGUAAAAGAGAAUCGUUUGACCGAAGACGAGUUAAACUACACCACAAAAAUGAUUGGGGCAAACUUGUCCAACUUUUCUGCCUGGCAUAACCGGUCAAAGUUGAUAUUAAAGAUGUUGGACGAACGCUCGGCUGAUGAUGCUGAAAGGAGAAAGAUGCUGGAUAACGAGCUCAAACUGAUACACCGUGCUCUAAUCGACCCGUAUGACCAAUCUUUGUGGUUUUACCACCAGAAUCUGAUGUGCACUUUGGACCGGGCCACGGCCCCCAAAGGUAUGGCUCCCAACAUGAGCGAUGAGACGCGUCUCGAGUAUCUCAACGGGGAAAUCGACGCGAUUACUGAGUUACUUGACGAGGAGGAAGACUGUAAAUGGAUCUACCAAGCGCUUCUAGAAUGCACGUUGAUUGUCUUGAACAUUCAGGGCGCGGUCUCGGCUCGGGUGAAGCGGGACAUCUCUGAUUGGCUCUCGAACUUGAAACGCCUUGAUCCGCUGAGGAGAGGUCGCUGGGAGGAUUUGGAGAGAUCGCUGAUGACUUGAGGGCCUCCAUAUUUAACCGUGGGGGUACUGUACAUACAUACUAUUCCGUACUACGUAUGCCUUUCCUACACUAGCGCUCUCUUGAUGGGACUUGUGAACAAGCAAAUCAUAGAUGGCUCAGUGGGAGGAGUCGCAAAGCGCCGGGUUGAUUCUGAU